CAUUUGGACAAUUGAGGAAGCCUUCUCCAAACCUCCCCUCAAAACUCUCAAUAUAAGCCUUGGCCUGUGUCAUUUUUAUCUCAAUCUGAGGCAAGGAGACAUGGGUGGAGUUACAAACAUCACACCAGUUGUUAGCAAGAUCUAUUGCUGUUCCUCCCAGACUGCAUUGAUGGUGAGGCAGCGGCCUCGGAUCGUGAACGGAGGCGGCUUGGCGGUCAUGAAUUCUAACCAGAAUGUUGUUUUCUCGGUUGAUGGUUGUGGGAUCCUCGGCGUCAAGGGAGAGUUGGUUCUCAGAGAUUGUAAUGGAGCUCCAGUACUCUUCAUUCGUAAAAAGGGAGGCGUCGUGCAAGCACUAGGUGCUCACAACCGAUGGAAUAGUUACUUAAUGGACUAUGAAGGACCAGGCAAGUUAGUCUUUAGCUUGAAAGAGACGAAGUCGCGUCUUCUGACGAAAAGUGCCAUAAAGAUCUCAAUUGAUGCGAAGGAGAACGGCAAAGAUUGGGACUUUGAAGUAAAGGGAUCCUUCAGCGAGAGGGCUUGCACCAUCAAUGAUCGAAGAGGGAACGUUGUUGCCCAGGUGGGUCUGAAGGAAAUGAUGGCAAGCAAGGAUUUCUACCAUGUGGUGGUGCAACCAGGCUAUGACCAGGCCUUCGUCGUUGGAGUGAUAGCUAUACUUGACAAUAUACAUGGGGAGUCCACCAGGUGUUGAGGGGAAUAGAAGGAAGAAUAACUGGUGUUACUUCUUGCUAUCAAACAUGGGUACUGACCCAUACAAAAGGAGUUGGAAGUAAUGCAGUAGAAGCUGGGGUGGGAGCUGGAAAGGUCGAUAGCCUCCAGUCCAUGGGAUUGCCUCUGAAGCAUCGAUUGCAAUGUACUGUGGUUGUAAAGUUUCUUCACAGCCUGCAACUGAUCCAUGUAAAUAAAAUUACCAGUGUUUCCUCUACAUGGUUAGCUAAUUAGUGGCAGGUGGAGUGAAAAAUUUGUAUGUAGAUAAUGUGUACGUUAAAGCAGAGAGAGUUCUAGUUGCUCCUCUUUUGUUAUGGAAUUGCUUGUACGCAACCCUUUGUUAUGCUAACCUUAUGGAAUUUCACAAAAAGUUUAUCA